AUGGAAAGCAAAGUAGUGGACAAUCAGUCUAGGGAAGUGUUUGGAAAUCAAGAUGGAAUUUCACCUUCAGUUGUAUCGGCAAAUCCAUCGCCAGUUACAACAUCGGUAAAUAUAACUCCAACUGAUUCGCCAGAUCAAUCAGCAGAUGCAUCGAUAAUCAUGGAAAGCGAUGUAACGGUCAAUUACUGUGAGAAAUUGAUUGAAGUUCCAUCUCCAGCUGCUUCGCCAGAUCAACCAAAUAAAGCAUCACCAGUUCAAUCAACAGAUGCAUCGGUAGUCAAUGAAGGCGAUGUAACGGACAAUUGCUGUGAGAAAGUGAUUGAAGUUCCAUUUCUAGCUGCUUCGCCAUAUCAAUCAAAUGAAGCAUCUUCAGUUCAAUCAACAGAUGCUUCGGUAGUCAAUGAAAGCGAUGUAACGGUCAAUUGCUGUGAGAAGGUGAUUGAAGUUCCAUCUCUACCUGCUUCGUCAGAUCAAUCAAAUAAAGCAUCACCAGUUCAAUCAACAGAUGCAUCGGUAGUCAAGGAAAGCGAUGUAACAGUCAACUGCUGUGAGAAAGUGAUUGAAGUUCCAAAUCUAGCUGCUUCUCCAGAUCAAUCAAAUAAACCAUCUUCAGUUCAAUCCACAGAUGCUUCGGCAGUCAAGGAAAGCGAUGUCAACUGCUGUGAGAAGGUGAUUGAAGUUCCAUCUCUAGCUGCUUCGUCAGAUCCAUCAAAUAAAGCAUCUUUAGUUGAAUCAACAGAUGCUUCGGAAGUCAAGGAAAUCGAUGCACCGGUCAACUGCUGUGAGAAGGUGAUUGAAGUUCCAUCUCUAGCUGCUUCGUCAGAUCAAUCAAAUAAAGCAUCACCAGUUCAAUCAACAGAUGCAUCGGUAGUCGAUGAAAGCGAUGUAACGGACAAUUGCUGUGAGAAAGUGAUUGAAGUUCCACCUCUAGCUGCUUCGCCAGAUCAAUCAAAUAAAGCAUCGCCAGUUCAAUCGUUAGUUGCAACGCUCAUCCAAUCGUUAUUAAGAAUAGAAAGCAAAGCAAUGGAUAACGUGGAUAAUCAAAGUGUGGAAUUGCAUGAAAUUCUAUCUUCAGUGGCAAAUUCGGUGUCAGAUACGUCGGAAAUGAAAACGCCAGUUUCGUUUGAAAACCCAUCGGUAGCUGCUUCGUCUUAUCAAGCAAAAAAAGCAUCGCCAGAUCAAUUGUUAGCUGCAACGCUAAUGGAAUCGUUAUUGACAAAGGAGAGUAAAGUAAUGGAUAAUGUGGAUAAUGAACUUGAGGAAUUGAAUGAUUUUCUAUCUUUACUUGGAUCAUCGCCAAUUACAUCGGAAAAUCCAUCGACAGCUUCACCACCAGAUCCAUCGAAAGAGGCAUUGCUGGAUUCAUUGUUGACUGCAUCAUUGGUGUUAAUGGAAAGCAAAGCAGUGGACAAUAAGUGUGAGGAAGUGCUUGAAAUGCCAUCCUCAUUUGCAGAUCCAUUAUCAGUUGUAUCAGCAAAUCCAUCGCCAGUUACAUCGGAAAGUCUAGCUACUUCGCCAGACCAAUCGAAAAAAACAUCGGCAGAUCAUUUGUUACCUGAAACACUAGAUCGUUUGGCAGCUUUAGCUGCAUCGCAAGAAUCAGAAGAUGCACCACUAGAUCAAGUGUUGGCCGCAACGCUAGACCGAUUAUUAGCUUUAGCCGCAGUCAAAAUUGCGAAUGAGACAUCACCAGAUCAAUCUUCAACAACAUUGGUUCACCCAACAUCAUUGUCAAAUCAAUCGUCAGCAGUCCCAUCGACCGGCGUCACCCAGAAGAAACAAAAAGCCAAGCAAAAGGCGUUGCUAAAAGUGGUUAAACGAGUAAAAAAAACAUUGUGCACGCUCGCAUUGUGGUCGUGUGAGGUAUUUUUGUGA